GUACAUCCUAUAUCCAUGUCACGGGUGAGUGAAGUGAUUUGGCUUGGUGUCCUGGUAUAAACAAUAAAACAAAACUGUGUAUUUGUGACACAAACUCUCCCUGUAGUGAGCAAAUAUCUGCAGAAAAUGCGUGAAAAAGAUGAUUACUUCACCUUAGACUAAAGAAUUCACCGGGAGGCGAUAAUCCUAAGCUAUUACCAUAACCAAAUGCGGGUGAUAUAGGUUAAGAUGUCUCGGAAUUUUCAGAAUUUCAUUAAAAUGUUCAUAGCAUUUUUACACAGUUAUGCACGUGGAUUAUCCUAUUUAGUCACAACGAUACUAGUCCUGGGUUAUUGUCUUCACCCAGGGAGAUUUGCAUCUCAUUACAAUUUCAUCAAGGCGGAAAAUAUUCACGAUGAGCUGGAGAAAUCAUACGAUCCCAGAGAUAAUUCAUGUGCAAUAUCAAUAACUGGAAGAACAUUUUCAGAAUUAUCAUAUCCCCAAGAACAUCUGAGGGAGGAUCCAGUGGCAAUGGCCAGGAGACUUGGAAUAUUACCUGGUGGACAGUGGAAACCGCUUAAUUGUCAUCCCCUGUUCAAUGUUGCUAUUGUUUUGCCAUAUAGGAAUAGACACACUCAACUCAGUAUUUUUAUGAAUUAUAUACAUCCAUUUCUACAGUCACAAAAUCUGGAUUAUCGAAUAUUUGUCAUCGAGCAGAGUCCUAUACGUGAAUUCAAUCGUGCUAAAUUAUUCAAUGUUGGAUACAAAGAGGCCACGAAAGUCAAUGAUUUUCACUGUUUCAUAUUUCAAGACAUUGACUUGAUUCCACAGAAUCCAGAUAAUAUUUAUGCAUGCACUAAAAUGCCAAGGCAUAUGAGCUCAAGUGUCAAUACCUUCAGGUAUAAUUUGCCAUAUACUGGAUUGUUUGGUGGAGCUAUUGCACUGACUAGGAGGCAAUUCGAAUGGGUCAAUGGAUUUUCCAAUGUUUUUUAUGGCUGGGGAGGUGAGGAUGAUGAUUUCUAUAGCAGAUUGCAAUCCAGGGGUCUACAGGUGACUCGUUUUGGACCUGAUAUAGCUCAGUAUUAUAUGUUGACACACAAAAAAGAGCCACCGAGCAGUGCUAGAUUCGAGCGGUUAGAAAAUAGUGCCAGGAGAUACGAUUCUGAUGGACUUAACAGUCUCGAUUAUAAAGUGCUGGAUCAUCAGCUUCGUCCACUGUACUCGUGGAUAUUGGUUGAUGUUUAAUCUGUAGGACGCAGUACAUCAAAACAAUUAGAAGAAUUUUAUUCAUUUUGUGGAAAGAAAAUUGUAUAUCAAACUGCAUAUCAAAUCGAAAAGCCUUUUUUAGAAUGUGAUGGCAUAUUGUCCUCUCUUCGGAGAGGUUUUUGCAUAUUCAAUGAGGAAUACAUGACCUAGAUAACGCCUGUCGAUUAGUGUAUCUUCGUAGCUCAAUUUUUCAUGGUUUAGAGCCAGUGAAGAUGUCCGAGUGCUCUGGCCAUUUUUUCGUUAACCCUUUAGCCUAUAACCACGAGUCAGACUCGUGGUAAAGAAUUUGUGCCAUAAGCGAAAACAACGAGUCUGAAUCGUGGUAAAGACUUUGAAUUCGAAUUUCUUGCGUAUUAUAGCUCGCGCAAUUGGUAGAUAUCGUGUAGGCUAAGGGGUUAAUAUUCUUUCUAAUAUUUAUAUUUAGACGUCAAAGCUUCUAUGUGAAUACCUUUGACACUUAAGUUAUUGAUUUGUCGGCAAUUAUUUAAUUAUCCAAACGUAGGAAAGCUAAUUUUUAUUUUUCAUGAAGGAAAGUUGAUUAAAUUUAUAAGAAAACAUUUUUUCAUGAUAAUUCUAUAAUUGUCGUGAAUUAAAUAUCAUACUCUUUUUCUGGCAUAAUUUAUGAAUGAGAAUGAUAAUUUACGAUUUGCCAUUUUCGACGUCAUUUCAUCGUUGUCUUUAGCAAUUUUCUUUGUUUGACUAGUCAAUAGUAUAUUAAAAUCUUAAAAUCUCUAAAGUUGCAUAAAAUAUUGUCUAUGAAAAGCAACUUCAAUUAUUUAUUAAAUGAAAAUAAUGACGAAACUUCCUUACAUUCUUGUUUGAAAAAAUCAGUGCGCUAGUACUUUUAUUUUUCCAUUCUAGCAUUUCCGAAAAAUAGUGCUCUUACGUGAUUUCUUUAGAAUGCAUAAAAAUAAAAUUUGACCAUCUUUGAAUAUCUAAUUUCCCGUUCACCAGAAGACUACAAGAAAUAUAAAAAUUGGCUGAAAGGAGCCAGAACAUCCUUAAGCCCCUUUGUAUUAAAUUUAUUUCUUCAUAAAAAAAUUGCAAAAAUGAGUGAUCGUGUCGUUUCGAUCUCCGUUUGCCACUAAUUUAGCCUAAGUACUCAUUAGAAACCUAGUAUUGAAGAGAUGAAUCAAGAGAUGAACUCAAAAUCACCAAAUUAUCAACUCAUUUGCAAAUACAUAUCUUCGUAAACGAGAGGUUUGGACAAUUGCACCAAGAGACACCCCUCGUGUAGAGUUCUAUAUCUCAGUACUGAUUACCUAGUUCGGCACUCGCCUAAGUUUUCACUGAUGAUUUCCUUAGCCCGAUAAUCCCACGAUGUAUUAUUUUUUUUAUGAGAUUGUCUCGGAAAAAGGUUCUGAUUAAUUUAUUGAACAGAACCGAUUUACAGAACAGAUUUUUUGACAGAACAGAUUUAUUUAUUUAUUGUUCUCGGGAUGAACUAAUUCUGUAGAUUUAUUAGCAACAGAAACUCGAGAAAUAAUGGACUAACUAGUUUCAAUGUUUAGAAUCAAUUUCACUAUAUUGUCACGUAUACUAACCAUCCUAAAUUUCACCAAAAAAAUUUACAACCCGAUAAAUAAUGAAAUGUUUUUGUAUGAUUGUUGUUGGUAGUUGACUAAAAUUCAGCAAAUGAUCAGAUAAACAAAUUUUCAAGCAAUCCGCAAGUGUCUUUAUUAUGCGUGCUCUGUUUGCUUGUUUCAUACACAAAAUGUUCACAUAAAAAAAUAAAAUUACAUUCAUAAUCAAAAAAAAGAA